AUGCUUAUCAAAAGCUGGAAAAGCACGGAACUGAGAAGAAUCUUGGAAAAUAUGGAAGACGUUCACCAGCACUGUUCUUUUACUUUGUCCAAGACGCCCAGCACAGCCAGGAGCACCCUCAUUUGCCCAUGGCCCUCCUGCUCUCUCUACUCACUGAACACCCUGGUGGUGUCCAGUUAUGGCCACGGUGAAUCUCUGGGCUGUGACCUGCCUCAGGACCACGUCCUGCUCAGCAGGGAGAACUUAAUGCUUCUGAGCCAAAUGAGCACGAUCUCCCCUUUCUUCUGUCUGAAGGACAGAAAGGACUUCAGAUUCCCCCGGGCAACGGUGGAUGGCAGCCAGGUCCAGAAGGCCCAGGCCAUCGCUGUCCUCCACGAGAUGCUCCAGCAGGUCUUCAACCUCUUGUCCACAGAGACCUUGAAGAGGUACUUCCAGGGCAUCUGUCUCUACAUGAAGGAGAAGAAAUACAGUGACUGCGCCUGGGAAGUUGUCAGAGUGGAAAUCAGGAAAUCCUUCUACUCAAUAACAGCCUUGCAAGAAAGGCUAAGAAAUAACGAUGGAGACGUGGGGUCACCUUGAAAGGAUUCUCAUGGAUGAAUGUGCCA